AUGGCAGUGGCACUCGCAGAAGCCGGAGCGGACAUCAUCGGUGUCAGUGCCAGCCUGGAAAGCGCGGGCAGCGCGAUCGAAGCUGAUGUGAAAGCGCUCGGCAGAAGCUUUCACGCCUACCAAUGCGACUUCGGUGACCGGUGCGCAUUGAAGGCCUUCGCAGCGAAGGUCAACGAAGAACACCCGGUCAUCGACAUCCUUGUGAACAAUGCCGGCACGAUCAAGCGGGCACCCUUGACCGAACACGACGAUGACAUCUGGGAUGAGGUGAUUGAAAUCAAUCUUUCCUCGCAGUUCCUUCUGACCCGCGAAGUCGGAUCCCGCAUGGUCGCGCGCGGUUCCGGCAAAAUCAUCUUCACGGCAUCCCUGCUGACGUUUCAGGGAGGCAUCACCGUUCCGGGCUACGCUGCCUCAAAGGGAGGGAUUGGCCAGCUCACGAAGUCCUUUGCAAAUGAAUGGGCCGCAAACGGGGUAAACGUGAACGCCAUUGCACCCGGUUACAUUGCAACGGACAACACCGAAGCGCUGCGAAACGAUCCGGCGCGCUCAAAGUCGAUUUUGGAGCGCAUUCCGGCAGGCCGUUGGGGCAAAGCCGUGGACUUCGCCGGUCCGGCUGUUUUCCUUGCCUCGGCAGCUUCCGACUACAUGAACGGAUCCAUUGUGACUGUCGACGGUGGCUGGAUGGGUCGAUGA